AUGGAGCCCAACAGUCCUAAAAAAAUACAGUUUGCUGUGCCGCUAUUUCAGAGUCAAAUAGACCCUGAGGCAGCUGAGCAGAUCAGGAAAAGGCGGCCUACACCAGCAUCACUCGUCAUCAUGAAUGAACAUGUGCCCCCAGAUACAGAUGAUAAGAGAACAAACAUCACACAGGCAGAGUCCCAGAGUGCCUCUCCCAAGCAAAGGAAGCAGAGCGUCUUCACCCCACCUGCCCUGAAAGGGAUUAAACAUCUGAAGAGUCAGAGCGAGUCAGCGUUUCCAGAGGAAGAAGAGGGCGUCAGUGAAAGGGAAGAAGAGUGGGGCCACUAG